UGUGAUUGGCCAUGUGGGCGAGAGAUACGCUAACUGUAUUUGGAUAUUGUAUGCCUUGACCACGGGGCAUCAAUCACUAACUAUAGUAGUUAACUACCUGAUCUAAGCAAAUAGAGAAGGCACGAUGUAUAGGCAUUCCAGUCAGUAUUCUCGUAAACAAACCCCCAACCAGAACACCAGACGUCAUUCUCUAUAAAAGAGAUUACAUCGAUAUCCCAGCACGUCACCUGUCACUCGUUCAAACCAAGUAACUCUUGUCAUACCUUGUCUCAAAAGCCAUUCUCGCCUCGAACUCCAUCUCGCCCACAUUUCAUCACCACCAACAUGGGCCACAAAGCCUCCGUCAUCCACGGCGUCAGAUCGGAAGACUACUAUAAGCCCGGCAAUGCAAUCAACGAGAUCUGGAUCGGUCACCUCGAACUCAUCUCUCGCCUCCCGUUCGGAGACUCCGAUAUGGGCCAGGCUGGAUGGCCGGCGGGCGGUUUCCCCAAGAUUCCCUGGCAUAACUUUAUCAUUCCUUUGAAACGCCGGGGGCUCGUUGAGGCGGACGGAAAGGAUCUAUAUUCUGAAAGACUGGCGGGAGGGGACCGGUCGGGAGAUCGGAGUGAUGUUGAUCUUGCGUCCCAGGCUACUUCCCUAGUACCGGCUUUGGCUAUGUUGUCCCUCGUCGUCCUUGCGUUUGGUCUUCCGGUGGUUUUGAGACGGUAUACUCUACCAUUCAACCGGAUCCGUGGGAAUGGGAUAGAAAAGUGCAAGCAGCGCAGGGAUGGAUACGCUAUACGGACAUGUAUCGCUAUUAUCUCCCUCGUUACGGGCUUGUUACUUUGUCUGCUUAUUUUCCAAGCCCUGACAGAUGCUGAACAGCCGGGGAUACUCAAUAAUUCGGUCAUGGUGUUUGUGCAGGUGGUAGCAGUCGUUGCGGUUGGUGUUGGUUUCUGUUAUUCCGUUAGGGCAGCGUAUUCGCUUUGGGUGGAUUGGAAGGACGUUUCUUGUUGGAUUGGGGAGGAUGAUGUUGUUUCCGAGGGUGUUAUGAUAGAGGAGAAUCUUCCGAUGAUUGUGUCUUCCUGGAUGGAGCGGCAGCAUCGGCCUUGAUUGAAAUUAUUGCUUGGAUUCUGUUGACGAUUUUAUGUCACGAUUCAUUUCCUAUUUCUAUGAUAUCCUUAGCGCAGCGUGUCUAUAAUACUCCAAAUAUACAGGCGGAGCCAGUCCGAUUGCAUCAAUAAUAUCGUACAAACCAUUCAUAUACCAUUCAUAUAUACAAUCCAAGCCU